AAUUUGGCUUCUCUUGUCUAUAUGCAACCAAAACGAACCUCCUCCCUCUACAGCUCUACUAUCACAAGGAUGGCUACUGUCUUCAUCAUCAUGAUGCAGUCUCAUUCCCAUCUUCAUUUGAGUUAACUGCGAUCAAGACUUUAAAGCGAGCAGCAGCAGCUCCAUCACAACCUUGAGUUCCAGCAAUGGAAGCUAGCAGAGAUGGGCCAACCACCUCCUGCCACGUGGUGGCCUUGCCUUAUCCAGGUAGAGGCCACAUUAAUCCCAUGAUGAACCUCUGCAAGGUCCUCUCCUUGAAAAACCCGCACAUUCUCAUAACCUUCGUCGUUACUGAAGAAUGGCUUGGAUUCAUCUCCUCUGAGGCUAAGCCGGCAAAUGUCCGCUAUAAGACGGUCCCCAAUGUUAUCCCCUCCGAGCUGGGUCGAGCCAAUGACUUCCCUGGCUUCAUAGAGGCCGUGUUUACUAAGCUCGAGCAGCCGUUUGAGCGGUUCCUGGAUCAGCUCGAGCUGCCAGUAAGUGCUAUUGUGACGGAUACUUACAUGGCAUGGGCGGUUGGGGUUGGGAAUAGAAGGAAUAUUCCAGUGGCCUCGCUUUGGCCCAUGUCAGCCACCGUGUUUUCCGUAUUUCAUCAUUUUGAGCUGCUCGUCAAAAAGGGGCAUUUCCCGGUUGACUUGUCAGAACAAGGGGAGGAGCUUGUCAACUACAUUCCUGGAAUUCCCCCAACCAGAUUAGUAGAUCUUCCCACAAUCUUCCGAGGAAGAGGUCAACAAGUAUUGAACCGAGCCCUUGAAUCUGUUUCAUCAAUCUCUAAUGCUCAAUACCUACUCUUCGCUUCCAUUUAUGAGCUUGAAUCCGAAGUCAUUGAUGCUCUAAAAUCGAAGCUCCCAAUCCCUGUUUACUCUCUAGGGCCCCUGAUCCCAUACUUGCAAAACAAAGAUCAUGAAGAUAAUUCUUCAAUUGACUAUCUUGAAUGGCUGAAUUCACAGCGUCUGGGCUCGGUCUUGUAUAUAUCACUCGGAAGUUUUCUUUCAGUUUCUACAGCUCAAAUGGAUGAGAUUGUUGCUGGUGUACGCGAUAGUGGCGUUCCAUUCUUGUGGGUUUCACGUAGUGACUCCAUCAAUAUGAGUGAUAAUGAGAAGGGAAUGAUGGUGCCUUGGUGUGACCAAUUAAGGGUGCUGUCUCACCCUUCUGUGGGUGGAUUUUGGACGCAUUGUGGGUGGAAUUCCACAAUGGAAUCACUUUACGCAGGAGUUUCAAUGCUUACUUUUCCGAUCUUUUGGGAUCAAACAACGGAUAGUAAGUUGAUUGUGGAAGACUGGAAGGUAGGAAGGAGGGUUAAGGGAAGUGAAGUUUUGGUUAAAAGAGACGAAAUUGCAGAGCUUGUAAAAGGUUUCAUGGAUUCCAGGAGCAUUGAAGGGAGAGAAAGGCGAGAAAGAACAAGAGCUCUCAAGGAGAUUUGCAAAGCAGCAGUUGAAGAAGGUGGAUCUACACAUACUAAUCUUGAUUCUUUCAUCAAAGACAUCUUAUUAGGACAAUCUUGUUAAGCUAACUAAUGCACUUAUUGGUGUCAACAUACUUCACGAUCGAUAUUGUGCACUAGUUUGUUGAUUGUUGUAAUGGCCUUCUUGCUAAAUGGUUGGUUGCAUGUGUUAUCUUUUAUGUAAGUUGUUAUGUUAUUUAAGUUGUUCUACUUGUAUUAGACUUGGUCAAGUUAAUUUACUGUUGAACCUUGACCAAGUAAAUUUGUGUUGUAUUGUUUAUUAUGUGGCUGUGUUAAGUCCUUAAUUCGAGACAUUUCCUUUAAUGUUCUGUGUAAUGGUGGUUAUCUGAUAAUGAAUGAAUGAGAGCUCA